UUUUAAAAUAACUGUUAAAAUGUAUUUGCGGCAAAUAAUAUUUGUUUUAAGUUUAACGCCAUUCUAUGUUAAUUGUGUUAAAUUCCUUGAAUGCUAUGAAUGCCAAUCGAAUAUUGAUCCAGAUUGUGCUAUUAAACCAGGAAAACAACUUGAAGUUACAGAUUGCCCAGAUAAUGAUAAAUGUGUUGUAAUGGUUGCAAGUGAUGGUAUUACUCAUCGUGGUUGCUAUUCAUCUAUUAUUACAAAUGGUUAUUGUCCAAGUAAAACUUGUAAAGCAUGUGAAACAUCAUUAUGUAAUCAUGAAAUCUAUCCACCGGAUCGUCUUAAAUGCUAUCAAUGUAAUGGUGGUACAGAUUGUAUGAAUGUUACAAAUAGUAAUUUAUAUAAACCAUUACCAUGUCAAUAUUAUAUUGAAAAUGAUAAUGCACGUUGUUUUACUGAUAUUAUUGAUAAAAAAAAAAUUGUAAGAGGAUGUGUUACAAAAGAUAAAAAUAAAAAUUGUGAAAAUAUUUGUUUAAAAUGUAAUUAUGAUGGUUGUAAUAAUGAACCAGGUACAUAUAAUACAACAUGUCAAUUAUGUGAAUAUAGACAUGGUCCAUGGACAACACCACGUAAUUAUGGUUGUAAAAGAAAUCAAACACAAUAUUAUAGUGAUAAUAAAGAAGAAGAAGGAAAAUGUAUUGUAACAAAUUUAACAGCAACAUGUAGUCAAGUUGUUUUAUAUGGUCAUAAAGAAAAAUGUUUUAUACAUUGGGAUGAAAAAGAGAAUUCAUUGAAAAGAGGUUGUUCAUCAAAUAAAAAUAUGUUUCCAACAGCGAAAUUUUGGGAAUGUUAUGGUGAUAAUUGUAAUAGUGAUUGUAUUGAUAUAAAAUGUAAUGUAUGUGAUUCAAAAACCGAUUUAAAUUGUAAAAUGAAUACAAAAGUUUUAAACGAUAUAAAAUGCCCAGAUGAAACAGUAUCAUGUUUUUCAUGUGAAAAUAAAGAUGGAGAUCUAAGACGAGGAUGUGGAUUUCAAAGUACAACAAAUGAUGAGAAAUGUUAUCAUUGUUUUGAUGAGAAUGGUUGCAAUCGUGAUACAGUUAGAUCAUGUUAUAAAUGUACAUCAACAGAAAAUAUUAAUUGUAAAGAAUGGAUUGAUUUAACGGAAAUUGAACAUGAAAAAUGUUCUAGCCCAGAAGAGUUGUGUGUCGUUACUAAGAGUAGUAAAGGAUACAUUGUUCGCGGUUGUGAAACAACAACAACUGAAUGUACUGCUGGUGAUCCAGAUUGUAAACGUUGCAAUGGAAGUUUAUGUAAUAGUGGUUUACAUGAACAUUUCUUAAAUAUUAAUUAAAUAAAUAUAUUUUACAAAGCUUAAUAAAUAAAUAAUUAGCAAAAAUUUUUUACUGAUACAAAUUUUGAUAAUUUUUUUUUUCUCAUACUUUA